UGUCUUCACUGUAAGUGCUCCCAGGAAGAGCACAUCGUAACAGUUAUGCCUCUGGAGAUGGAGAAGACUGUCACAAAGCUCAUGUUUGACUUCCAGAGGAAUUCGACUUCUGACGACGACUCAGGCUGUGCCUUGGAAGAAUAUGCAUGGGUCCCCCCCGGCCUGAAGCCUGAGCAGGUGCACCAGUACUACAGCUGCCUGCCCGAGGACAAGGUCCCCUACGUCAACAGCCCGGGAGAAAAAUCUCGCAUAAAGCAGCUUUUGCAUCAGCUGCCGCCGCACGACAAUGAGGUUCGCUAUUGCAAUUCUUUGGAUGAGGAGGAGAAGAGGGAGCUCAAACUCUUCAGCAACCAAAGGAAGAGGGAAAAUUUAGGCAGAGGCAAUGUCCGACCGUUCCCCGUAACCAUGACAGGAGCCAUCUGCGAGCAGUGCGGCGGCCAGAUCAACGGAGGGGACAUGGCUGUCUUCGCCUCACGAGCUGGGCACGGCGUUUGCUGGCACCCUCCCUGCUUCAUCUGCAGCGUCUGCAAUGAGCUGCUGGUCGACCUGAUCUACUUCUACCAAGACGGGAAGAUCUACUGCGGCCGGCACCACGCCGAGUGCCUCAAGCCCCGCUGCGCCGCCUGCGACGAGAUCAUUUUUGCCGACGAAUGCACUGAGGCCGAAGGGCGGCACUGGCACAUGAAGCACUUCUGCUGCUUUGAAUGUGAGACAGUGCUGGGGGGGCAGAGGUACAUCAUGAAGGACGGCAGACCCUACUGCUGCAGCUGCUUCGAGUCCCUCUACGCCGAGUACUGCGACACCUGCGCCCAGCACAUCGGUAUCGACCAGGGCCAGAUGACGUACGACGGCCAGCACUGGCAUGCCACCGAGACCUGCUUCUGCUGCGCGCAGUGCAAGAAGUCCCUGCUGGGACGACCCUUCCUGCCCAAGCAGGGGCAGAUCUUCUGCUCCAGGGCCUGCAGUGUCGGUGAUGACCCCAAUGGCUCUGACUCCUCCGACUCAGCUUUCCAGAGUGCCCGAGCCAAGGAGUCCCGCCGCAGCGCCAAGAUUGGCAAGAACAAGGGGAAAGGCGAGGAGGGGGCGCGCAGCCCCUGCAACCAGCUGCAGGUCACCUCCAACCGCCUCUCCACCGACGUGGACCCACUCUCGCUGCAGAUGGAUUUGCUGAGCCUGGCCAGCCAGACGCCAAGCCUCAACAGGGAGCACGUAUGGAGGAGCCGAGAUGAGCUCUAUCACUACGGGAGCAAAAUGGAGCAAAGUCAGUCCCAAAGCCCUUUGCAGCUUCUCAGCCAGUGCAACAUAAGGACCUCCUAUAACCCCAGCCAGGUCCCAGGCUCGCAGCCGGAUUUGUGGGCGAAACAUUUCAGCAACCCAAAGAGGAGCUCCUCGCUGGCGAUGAAGGGCCACGGCGGCAGCUUCAUCCAGGACUGCAGGGAGGACUACUACUCGGGGAGGCUUCGUUCGCAGGAGAGCUACAGCGACAUGUCCAACCAGAGCUUCCCCGAGACCAGAGGAAGUCUCAAAGUCCCUAAGUACGAAGAGGAAGAGGAAGGCGGGAUGCCAACGCCGCAGUGCCGCACCCGCCACCCCAUCAACGCCCUCAAGUUCACAGAGGACCUGACGCCCACCGAGCAGACUCCCCGCGGCUCCAUGGAGUCCCUCGCACUCUCCAACGCAACAG